CUCCGCGCCACUCCAACAAGCAGCCCCUUUUCUCCUCGCCACUCCAACAAGCAGCCCCUUUUCUCCUCGCCACUCCAACAAGCAGCCCCUUUUCUCCUCGCCACUCCAACAAGCAGCCCCUUUUCUCCUCGCCACUCCAACAAGCAGCCCCUUUUCUCCUCGCCACUCCAACAAGCAGCCCCUUUUCUCCUCGCCACUCCAACAAGCAGCCCCUUUUCUCCUCGCCACUCCAACAAGCAGCCCCUUUUCUCCUCGCCACUCCAACAAGCAGCCCCUUUUCUCCUCGCCACUCCAACAAGCAGCCCCUUUUCUCCUCGCCACUCCAACAAGCAGCCCCUUUUCUCCUCGCCACUCCAACAAGCAGCCCCUUUUCUCCUCGCCACUCCAACAAGCAGCCCCUUUUCUCCUCGCCACUCCAACAAGCAGCCCCUUUUCUCCUCGCCACUCCAACAAGCAGCACCUUUUCUCCGCGCCACUCCAACAAGCAGCCCCUUUUCUCCUCGCCACUCCAACAAGCAGCCCCUUUUCUCCUCGCCACUCCAACAAGCAGCCCCUUUUCUCCUCGCCACUCCAACAAGCAGCCCCUUUUCUCCUCGCCACUCCAACAAGCAGCCCCUUUUCUCCUCGCCACUCCAACAAGCAGCCCCUUUUCUCCUCGCCACUCCAACAAGCAGCCCCUUUUCUCCUCGCCACUCCAACAAGCAGCCCCUUUUCUCCUCGCCACUCCAACAAGCAGCCCCUUUUCUCCUCGCCACUCCAACAAGCAGCCCCUUUUCUCCUCGCCACUCCAACAAGCAGCCCCUUUUCUCCUCGCCACUCCAACAAGCAGCCCCUUUUCUCCUCGCCACUCCAACAAGCAGCCCCUUUUCUCCUCGCCACUCCAACAAGCAGCCCCUUUUCUCCUCGCCACUCCAACAAGCAGCCCCUUUUCUCCGCGCCACUCCAACAAGCAGCCCCUUUUCUCCGCGCCACUCCAACAAGCAGCCCCUUUUCUCCUCGCCACUCCAACAAGCAGCCCCUUUUCUCCUCGCCACUCCAACAAGCAGCCCCUUUUCUCCUCGCCACUCCAACAAGCAGCCCCUUUUCUCCGCGCCACUCCAACAAGCAGCCCCUUUUCUCCGCGCCACUCCAACAAGCAGCCCCUUUUCUCCUCGCCACUCCAACAAGCAGCCCCUUUUCUCCUCGCCACUCCAACAAGCAGCCCCUUUUCUCCUCGCCACUCCAACAAGCAGCCCCUUUUCUCCUCGCCACUCCAACAAGCAGCCCCUUUUCUCCUCGCCACUCCAACAAGCAGCCCCUUUUCUCCGCGCCACUCCAACAAGCAGCCCCUUUUCUCCUCGCCACUCCAACAAGCAGCCCCUUUUCUCCUCGCCACUCCAACAAGCAGCCCCUUUUCUCCUCGCCACUCCAACAAGCAGCCCCUUUUCUCCUCGCCACUCCAACAAGCAGCCCCUUUUCUCCUCGCCACUCCAACAAGCAGCCCUUUUCUCCUCGCCACUCCAACAAGCAGCCCCUUUUCUCCUCGCCACUCCAACAAGCAGCCCCUUUUCUCCUCGCCACUCCAACAAGCAGCCCCUUUUCUCCUCGCCACUCCAACAAGCAGCCCCUUUUCUCCUCGCCACUCCAACAAGCAGCCCCUUUUCUCCUCGCCACUCCAACAAGCAGCCCCUUUUCUCCUCGCCACUCCAACAAGCAGCCCCUUUUCUCCUCGCCACUCCAACAAGCAGCCCCUUUUCUCCGCGCCACUCCAACAAGCAGCCCCUUUUCUCCUCGCCACUCCAACAAGCAGCCCCUUUUCUCCUCGCCACUCCAACAAGCAGCCCCUUUUCUCCUCGCCACUCCAACAAGCAGCCCCUUUUCUCCUCGCCACUCCAACAAGCAGCCCCUUUUCUCCUCGCCACUCCAACAAGCAGCCCCUUUUCUCCUCGCCACUCCAACAAGCAGCCCCUUUUCUCCUCGCCACUCCAACAAGCAGCCCCUUUUCUCCUCGCCACUCCAACAAGCAGCCCCUUUUCUCCUCGCCACUCCAACAAGCAGCCCCUUUUCUCCUCGCCACUCCAACAAGCAGCCCCUUUUCUCCUCGCCACUCCAACAAGCAGCCCCUUUUCUCCUCGCCACUCCAACAAGCAGCCCCUUUCUCCUCGCCACUCCAACAAGCAGCCCCUUUUCUCCUCGCCACUCCAACAAGCAGCCCCUUUUCUCCUCGCCACUCCAACAAGCAGCCCCUUUUCUCCUCGCCACUCCAACAAGCAGCCCCUUUUCUCCUCGCCACUCCAACAAGCAGCCCCUUUUCUCCUCGCCACUCCAACAAGCAGCCCCUUUUCUCCUCGCCACUCCAACAAGCAGCCCCUUUUCUCCUCGCCACUCCAACAAGCAGCCCCUUUUCUCCUCGCCACUCCAACAAGCAGCCCCUUUUCUCCUCGCCACUCCAACAAGCAGCCCCUUUUCUCCUCGCCACUCCAACAAGCAGCCCCUUUUCUCCUCGCCACUCCAACAAGCAGCCCCUUUUCUCCUCGCCACUCCAACAAGCAGCCCCUUUUCUCCUCGCCACUCCAACAAGCAGCCCCUUUUCUCCUCGCCACUCCAACAAGCAGCCCCUUUUCUCCUCGCCACUCCAACAAGCAGCCCCUUUUCUCCUCGCCACUCCAACAAGCAGCCCCUUUUCUCCUCGCCACUCCAACAAGCAGCCCCUUUUCUCCUCGCCACUCCAACAAGCAGCCCUUUUCUCCUCGCCCCUCCAACAAGCAGCCCCUUUUCUCCUCGCCACUCCAACAAGCAGCCCCUUUUCUCCUCGCCACUCCAACAAGCAGCCCCUUUUCUCCUCGCCACUCCAACAAGCAGCCCCUUUUCUCCUCGCCACUCCAACAAGCAGCCCCUUUUCUCCUCGCCACUCCAACAAGCAGCCCCUUUUCUCCUCGCCACUCCAACAAGCAGCCCCUUUUCUCCUCGCCACUCCAACAAGCAGCCCCUUUUCUCCUCGCCACUCCAACAAGCAGCCCCUUUUCUCCUCGCCACUCCAACAAGCAGCCCCUUUUCUCCUCGCCACUCCAACAAGCAGCCCCUUUUCUCCUCGCCACUCCAACAAGCAGCCCCUUUUCUCCUCGCCACUCCAACAAGCAGCCCCUUUUCUCCUCGCCACUCCAACAAGCAGCCCCUUUUCUCCUCGCCACUCCAACAAGCAGCCCCUUUUCUCCUCGCCACUCCAACAAGCAGCCCCUUUUCUCCUCGCCACUCCAACAAGCAGCCCCUUUUCUCCUCGCCACUCCAACAAGCAGCCCCUUUUCUCCUCGCCACUCCAACAAGCAGCCCCUUUUCUCCUCGCCACUCCAACAAGCAGCCCCUUUUCUCCUCGCCACUCCAACAAGCAGCCCUUUUCUCCUCGCCACUCCAACAAGCAGCCCCUUUUCUCCUCGCCACUCCAACAAGCAGCCCCUUUUCUCCUCGCCACUCCAACAAGCAGCCCCUUUUCUCCUCGCCACUCCAACAAGCAGCCCCUUUUCUCCUCGCCACUCCAACAAGCAGCCCCUUUUCUCCUCGCCACUCCAACAAGCAGCCCCUUUUCUCCUCGCCACUCCAACAAGCAGCCCCUUUUCUCCUCGCCACUCCAACAAGCAGCCCCUUUUCUCCUCGCCACUCCAACAAGCAGCCCCUUUUCUCCUCGCCACUCCAACAAGCAGCCCCUUUUCUCCUCGCCACUCCAACAAGCAGCCCCUUUUCUCCUCGCCACUCCAACAAGCAGCCCCUUUUCUCUCGCCACUCCAACAAGCAGCCCCUUUUCUCCUCGCCACUCCAACAAGCAGCCCCUUUUCUCCUCGCCACUCCAACAAGCAGCCCCUUUUCUCCUCGCCACUCCAACAAGCAGCCCCUUUUCUCCUCGCCACUCCAACAAGCAGCCCCUUUUCUCCUCGCCACUCCAACAAGCAGCCCCUUUUCUCCUCGCCACUCCAACAAGCAGCCCCUUUUCUCCUCGCCACUCCAACAAGCAGCCCCUUUUCUCCUCGCCACUCCAACAAGCAGCCCCUUUUCUCCUCGCCACUCCAACAAGCAGCCCCUUUUCUCCUCGCCACUCCAACAAGCAGCCCCUUUUCUCCUCGCCACUCCAACAAGCAGCCCCUUUUCUCCUCGCCACUCCAACAAGCAGCCCCUUUUCUCCUCGCCACUCCAACAAGCAGCCCCUUUUCUCCUCGCCACUCCAACAAGCAGCCCCUUUUCUCCUCGCCACUCCAACAAGCAGCCCCUUUUCUCCUCGCCACUCCAACAAGCAGCCCCUUUUCUCCUCGCCACUCCAACAAGCAGCCCCUUUUCUCCUCGCCACUCCAACAAGCAGCCCCUUUUCUCCUCGCCACUCCAACAAGCAGCCCCUUUUCUCCUCGCCACUCCAACAAGCAGCCCCUUUUCUCCUCGCCACUCCAACAAGCAGCCCCUUUUCUCCUCGCCACUCCAACAAGCAGCCCCUUUUCUCCUCGCCACUCCAACAAGCAGCCCCUUUUCUCCUCGCCACUCCAACAAGCAGCCCCUUUUCUCCUCGCCACUCCAACAAGCAGCCCCUUUUCUCCUCGCCACUCCAACAAGCAGCCCCUUUUCUCCUCGCCACUCCAACAAGCAGCCCCUUUUCUCCUCGCCACUCCAACAAGCAGCCCCUUUUCUCCUCGCCACUCCAACAAGCAGCCCCUUUUCUCCUCGCCACUCCAACAAGCAGCCCCUUUUCUCCUCGCCACUCCAACAAGCAGCCCCUUUUCUCCUCGCCACUCCAACAAGCAGCCCCUUUUCUCCUCGCCACUCCAACAAGCAGCCCCUUUUCUCCUCGCCACUCCAACAAGCAGCCCCUUUCUCCUCGCCACUCCAACAAGCAGCCCCUUUUCUCCUCGCCACUCCAACAAGCAGCCCCUUUUCUCCUCGCCACUCCAACAAGCAGCCCCUUUUCUCCUCGCCACUCCAACAAGCAGCCCCUUUUCUCCUCGCCACUCCAACAAGCAGCCCCUUUUCUCCUCGCCACUCCAACAAGCAGCCCCUUUUCUCCUCGCCACUCCAACAAGCAGCCCCUUUUCUCCUCGCCACUCCAACAAGCAGCCCCUUUUCUCCUCGCCACUCCAACAAGCAGCCCCUUUUCUCCUCGCCACUCCAACAAGCAGCCCCUUUUCUCCUCGCCACUCCAACAAGCAGCCCCUUUUCUCCUCGCCACUCCAACAAGCAGCCCCUUUUCUCCUCGCCACUCCAACAAGCAGCCCCUUUUCUCCUCGCCACUCCAACAAGCAGCCCCUUUUCUCCUCGCCACUCCAACAAGCAGCCCCUUUUCUCCUCGCCACUCCAACAAGCAGCCCCUUUUCUCCUCGCCACUCCAACAAGCAGCCCCUUUUCUCCUCGCCACUCCAACAAGCAGCCCCUUUUCUCCUCGCCACUCCAACAAGCAGCCCCUUUUCUCCUCGCCACUCCAACAAGCAGCCCCUUUUCUCCUCGCCACUCCAACAAGCAGCCCCUUUUCUCCUCGCCACUCCAACAAGCAGCCCCUUUUCUCCUCGCCACUCCAACAAGCAGCCCCUUUUCUCCUCGCCACUCCAACAAGCAGCCCCUUUUCUCCUCGCCACUCCAACAAGCAGCCCCUUUUCUCCUCGCCACUCCAACAAGCAGCCCCUUUUCUCCUCGCCACUCCAACAAGCAGCCCCUUUUCUCCUCGCCACUCCAACAAGCAGCCCCUUUUCUCCUCGCCACUCCAACAAGCAGCCCCUUUUCUCCUCGCCACUCCAACAAGCAGCCCCUUUUCUCCUCGCCACUCCAACAAGCAGCCCCUUUUCUCCUCGCCACUCCAACAAGCAGCCCCUUUUCUCCUCGCCACUCCAACAAGCAGCCCCUUUUCUCCUCGCCACUCCAACAAGCAGCCCCUUUUCUCCUCGCCACUCCAACAAGCAGCCCCUUUUCUCCUCGCCACUCCAACAAGCAGCCCCUUUUCUCCUCGCCACUCCAACAAGCAGCCCCUUUUCUCCUCGCCACUCCAACAAGCAGCCCCUUUUCUCCUCGCCACUCCAACAAGCAGCCCCUUUUCUCCUCGCCACUCCAACAAGCAGCCCCUUUUCUCCUCGCCACUCCAACAAGCAGCCCCUUUUCUCCUCGCCACUCCAACAAGCAGCCCCUUUUCUCCUCGCCACUCCAACAAGCAGCCCCUUUUCUCCUCGCCACUCCAACAAGCAGCCCCUUUUCUCCUCGCCACUCCAACAAGCAGCCCCUUUUCUCCUCGCCACUCCAACAAGCAGCCCCUUUUCUCCUCGCCACUCCAACAAGCAGCCCCUUUUCUCCUCGCCACUCCAACAAGCAGCCCCUUUUCUCCUCGCCACUCCAACAAGCAGCCCCUUUUCUCCUCGCCACUCCAACAAGCAGCCCCUUUUCUCCUCGCCACUCCAACAAGCAGCCCCUUUUCUCCUCGCCACUCCAACAAGCAGCCCCUUUUCUCCUCGCCACUCCAACAAGCAGCCCCUUUUCUCCUCGCCACUCCAACAAGCAGCCCCUUUUCUCCUCGCCACUCCAACAAGCAGCCCCUUUUCUCCUCGCCACUCCAACAAGCAGCCCCUUUUCUCCUCGCCACUCCAACAAGCAGCCCCUUUUCUCCUCGCCACUCCAACAAGCAGCCCCUUUUCUCCUCGCCACUCCAACAAGCAGCCCCUUUUCUCCUCGCCACUCCAACAAGCAGCCCCUUUUCUCCUCGCCACUCCAACAAGCAGCCCUUUUCUCCUCGCCACUCCAACAAGCAGCCCCUUUUCUCCUCGCCACUCCAACAAGCAGCCCCUUUUCUCCUCGCCACUCCAACAAGCAGCCCCUUUUCUCCUCGCCACUCCAACAAGCAGCCCCUUUUCUCCUCGCCACUCCAACAAGCAGCCCCUUUUCUCCUCGCCACUCCAACAAGCAGCCCCUUUUCUCCUCGCCACUCCAACAAGCAGCCCCUUUUCUCCUCGCCACUCCAACAAGCAGCCCCUUUUCUCCUCGCCACUCCAACAAGCAGCCCCUUUUCUCCUCGCCACUCCAACAAGCAGCCCCUUUUCUCCUCGCCACUCCAACAAGCAGCCCCUUUUCUCCUCGCCACUCCAACAAGCAGCCCCUUUUCUCCUCGCCACUCCAACAAGCAGCCCCUUUUCUCCUCGCCACUCCAACAAGCAGCCCCUUUUCUCCUCGCCACUCCAACAAGCAGCCCCUUUUCUCCUCGCCACUCCAACAAGCAGCCCCUUUUCUCCUCGCCACUCCAACAAGCAGCCCCUUUUCUCCUCGCCACUCCAACAAGCAGCCCCUUUUCUCCUCGCCACUCCAACAAGCAGCCCCUUUUCUCCUCGCCACUCCAACAAGCAGCCCCUUUUCUCCUCGCCACUCCAACAAGCAGCCCCUUUUCUCCUCGCCACUCCAACAAGCAGCCCCUUUUCUCCUCGCCACUCCAACAAGCAGCCCCUUUUCUCCUCGCCACUCCAACAAGCAGCCCCUUUUCUCCUCGCCACUCCAACAAGCAGCCCCUUUUCUCCUCGCCACUCCAACAAGCAGCCCCUUUUCUCCUCGCCACUCCAACAAGCAGCCCCUUUUCUCCUCGCCACUCCAACAAGCAGCCCCUUUUCUCCUCGCCACUCCAACAAGCAGCCCCUUUUCUCCUCGCCACUCCAACAAGCAGCCCCUUUUCUCCUCGCCACUCCAACAAGCAGCCCCUUUUCUCCUCGCCACUCCAACAAGCAGCCCCUUUUCUCCUCGCCACUCCAACAAGCAGCCCCUUUUCUCCUCGCCACUCCAACAAGCAGCCCCUUUUCUCCUCGCCACUCCAACAAGCAGCCCCUUUUCUCCUCGCCACUCCAACAAGCAGCCCCUUUUCUCCUCGCCACUCCAACAAGCAGCCCCUUUUCUCCUCGCCACUCCAACAAGCAGCCCCUUUUCUCCUCGCCACUCCAACAAGCAGCCCCUUUUCUCCUCGCCACUCCAACAAGCAGCCCCUUUUCUCCUCGCCACUCCAACAAGCAGCCCCUUUUCUCCUCGCCACUCCAACAAGCAGCCCCUUUUCUCCUCGCCACUCCAACAAGCAGCCCCUUUUCUCCUCGCCACUCCAACAAGCAGCCCCUUUUCUCCUCGCCACUCCAACAAGCAGCCCCUUUUCUCCUCGCCACUCCAACAAGCAGCCCCUUUUCUCCUCGCCACUCCAACAAGCAGCCCCUUUUCUCCUCGCCACUCCAACAAGCAGCCCCUUUUCUCCUCGCCACUCCAACAAGCAGCCCCUUUUCUCCUCGCCACUCCAACAAGCAGCCCCUUUUCUCCUCGCCACUCCAACAAGCAGCCCCUUUUCUCCUCGCCACUCCAACAAGCAGCCCCUUUUCUCCUCGCCACUCCAACAAGCAGCCCCUUUUCUCCUCGCCACUCCAACAAGCAGCCCCUUUUCUCCUCGCCACUCCAACAAGCAGCCCCUUUUCUCCUCGCCACUCCAACAAGCAGCCCCUUUUCUCCUCGCCACUCCAACAAGCAGCCCCUUUUCUCCUCGCCACUCCAACAAGCAGCCCCUUUUCUCCUCGCCACUCCAACAAGCAGCCCCUUUUCUCCUCGCCACUCCAACAAGCAGCCCCUUUUCUCCUCGCCACUCCAACAAGCAGCCCCUUUUCUCCUCGCCACUCCAACAAGCAGCCCCUUUUCUCCUCGCCACUCCAACAAGCAGCCCCUUUUCUCCUCGCCACUCCAACAAGCAGCCCCUUUUCUCCUCGCCACUCCAACAAGCAGCCCCUUUUCUCCUCGCCACUCCAACAAGCAGCCCCUUUUCUCCUCGCCACUCCAACAAGCAGCCCCUUUUCUCCUCGCCACUCCAACAAGCAGCCCCUUUUCUCCUCGCCACUCCAACAAGCAGCCCCUUUUCUCCUCGCCACUCCAACAAGCAGCCCCUUUUCUCCUCGCCACUCCAACAAGCAGCCCCUUUUCUCCUCGCCACUCCAACAAGCAGCCCCUUUUCUCCUCGCCACUCCAACAAGCAGCCCCUUUUCUCCGCCACUCCCAAGCAGCCCCUUUUCUCCUCGCCAUCCUUUCCUCUCCUCCUUUAUUGCCUGCCUGCCUGUUCCCUUGUCCAACCUUCCCCCCCUCUCCCCCGCCGUCUCUCAUUCUCCUCCGUCCCCUCUCCUCCUAAUCCUUCUCGCCGUCGUUCCCCUCGUCUCGCAUGCACUCUGCCUCCCCGCCCUUCUCUCUUCCUCUCCCUCUCCCUCUUCCUCUCCCUCUCCCUCUCCCUCUCCCUCUCCCUCUCCUUCUCCUUCUCCCCCUCACCAUCUUGCAUCUUGCCCCAUGCGUAUCUCCCCGCUCCGCCCCUCAGGCCAUCAGAGGGCAGAGCAGCGUCGUCACCAAAGGACCGCCCAACGCCUUUCUCCCCUCCUCUCUGCCCCUCGUCUUGCCUCCUGCCCCUCGUCUUGCGUCCUGCCCCAUGCAUAUCUCCGCACGUCCGCCUCGCCGCGAGCCAUCAGAGGGCAGAGCCCGUGGCCAUCAGAGGGCAGAGCCCGUGGCCAUCAGAGGGCAGAGCCCGUGGCCAUCAGAGGGCAGAGCCCGUGGCCAUCAGAGGGCAGAGCCCGUGGCCAUCAGAGGGCAGAGCCCGUGGCCAUCAGAGGGCAGAGCCCGUGGCCAUCAGAGGGCAGAGCCCGUGGCCAUCAGAGGGCAGAGCCCGUGGCCAUCAGAGGGCAGAGCCCGUGGCCAUCAGAGGGCAGAGCCCGUGGCCAUCAGAGGGCAGAGCCCGUGGCCAUCAGAGGGCAGAGCCCGUGGCCAUCAGAGGGCAGAGCCCAUGGCCAUCAGAGGGCAGAGCCCGUGGCCAUCAGAGGGCAGAGCCCGUGGCCAUCAGAGGGCAGAGCCCGUGGCCAUCAGAGGGCAGAGCCCGUGGCCAUCAGAGGGCAGAGCCCGUGGCCAUCAGAGGGCAGAGCCCGUGGCCAUCAGAGGGCAGAGGCCGUGGCCAUCAGAGGGCAGAGGCCGUGGCCAUCAGGGGGCAGAGCCCGUGGCCAUCAGAGGGCAGAGCCCGUGGCCAUCAGAGGGCAGAGCCUGUGGCCAUCAGAGGGCAGAGGCCGUGGCCAUCAGGGGGCAGAGCCCGUGGCCAUCAGAGGGCAGAGCCCGUGGCCAUCAGAGGGCAGAGCCCGUGGGUGGAGCAGGAGUCGCCCAUGGAGCUCAUCAACGCCGUGCCGCCCAUCCUCGUGCACUCGCGUGUCGUUGCCUGCCGGGGAGGUCCCAACCCGGCCCUGGGCCAUCCAGUGGAGUAUAUCAACGUGGACGCCCCUCAGCCCGCUGUCUGCAAGUACUGCGGCCUGCGCUUCCUGCAGGACCACCACCACUGA